CCGCUCUAGGCGGGAGACUCGAUGGUGGCUCCGUUGGGGAUCUGCGAGGACGGGUCUCUAUGGUGAAGAGCCGGGCGGAGAGUCGCAGGCCGGUGCGGGCGGCGCUCUAGGCCGCCUCUCUAUGGUGUGGGCUGUUGCUAGGCGGUGCGGGGCCUAGGCCGCGGCGGGUCGGCGCCGCCAUGGCCGCCUCGGCCUCCGGCGCGGCGGCGGCGGGGCCCGCGGACGGGUCGUGCGUGCUGUGCUGCGGGGAGCUGGAUGUGGUGGCCCUGGGCCGCUGCGACCACCCCAUCUGCUACCGGUGCUCGGUGCGGAUGCGGGCGCUGUGCGGCGUGCGGUACUGCGCGGUGUGCCGGGAGGAGCUGGGCCAGGUUGUCUUCGGACGGAAGCUUACGUCUUUCUCGACGAUAGCACUUAACCAGUUGCAGCAUGAGAAGAAAUAUGACAUUUAUUUUAUGGAUGGAGAGGUUUAUGCACUGUACAGGAAGCUGCUGCAGCAUGAGUGCUCUUUGUGUCCAGAUGCGAAGCCAUUCAAUACCUUUGCAGAUCUGGAACAGCACAUGAGGAAGCAGCAUGAACUCUUCUGUUGUAAGCUCUGUGUUAAACACUUAAAGAUUUUUACUUAUGAACGGAAAUGGUAUUCUCGUAAGGACCUCGCCCGUCAUCGAAUCCAUGGAGAUCCAGAUGACACCUCCCAUCGUGGGCAUCCCCUGUGUAAAUUUUGUGACGAGCGUUAUUUGGAUAAUGAUGAGUUACUGAAACACCUAAGACGAGAUCAUUAUUUUUGUCAUUUCUGUGACUCUGAUGGUGCUCAGGAAUACUACAGUGAUUAUGAAUACCUUCGUGAACACUUCCGCGAAAAGCACUUCCUUUGCGAAGAGGGUCGGUGCAGCACAGAACAGUUUACCCAUGCUUUCCGCACAGAAAUAGACUAUAAAGCACACAAAACGGCCUUCCACAGCAAGAACAGGGCAGAGGCCAGGCAGAACCGACAGAUAGACCUUCAGUUUAACUAUGCUCCUAGGCACCAGAGGAGGAACGAGGGUGUUAUAGGUGGAGAGGACUAUGAAGAAGUUGACAGGUAUAACAGACAAGGGAGGUCAGGCAGAUUGGGUGGCCGAGGGAGUCAGCAAAACAGAAGAGGCAGCUGGAGAUAUAAGAGGGAGGAAGAAGACAGAGAUGUUGCGGCAGCCGUCAGGGCGUCUGUAGCAGCUAAACGGCAAGAAGAGAAAAAACGGGUAGAAGACAAAGAUGACAGCAGCAGUAGAGGUAAAAAGGAGGACUUGAGGGAUUCUGAAGUGCUCAGCUCCAAACGUGCGCCCAGGUCUUCAAAUGAUGUUACAGAAGCAGCUGCUAAUGGUGCUUUAAGCCAAGAUGACUUUCCAGCAAUUGGUUCAGCAGUGGGACCUCUACAAGGCUCUGCCCAGCUCGCAGCGGUUAAGCUUAAAGAAGAAGAUUUCCCAAGCUUGUCAUCCUCUGCAGCGCCCACCAUCUCUUCUGGGAUGUCUUUGACAUAUACAGCGACUGCAAAGAAAACAGCUUUCCAAGAAGAGGAUUUUCCAGCUCUAGUGUCCAAAAUGAGACCUAACAAUAAAACAGUAACUAACAUCACAUCUGCAUGGAACAACGGUUCCAGUAAAAAUGUGGUCAAAGCCAUUAGCAACCCCUGUGUAAACCAGAUAGCCAAAAAACCAUCCUCCUUGAAUAGCACUAAAGGAAGUAAGAAGAGCAAUAAACUCUCUCAGUCAGACGAUGAAGAUGGCGGUAGUGGCUUGACAACCCAGGAGAUCAGAAACACACCAACAAUGUUUGAUGUCUCGUCCUUGCUGGCAGCUUCUACCUCACAAACUUUUACAAAAGUGAGCAAGAAAAAGAAGAUGGGUGUUGAGAAGCAGAGGCCGUCGUCCCCACACCUCUUACAGGAGACAUCGUUUCCCAGGUCAUCUACUGAAAAGCUGCCAGAAGCAGAGCGGACGUCAAACGCAUCCUCUGCUCUUCACGCCCCUGACAGAUCCACAACUGUCGUGAAUGGUCAUUCGGAAAAAUCAUUAGCGAUCUGUAGUACACCCAAAGAGCCCCCUGGCCUUAAAAAGCCCACAGUGACUAACAAAUGCCCUUUACCUCAGGAAGACUUCCCAGCUCUUGGGAGCUCAGGAUCAGCUAGAAUGCCCCCGCCACCAGGCUUUAACACUGCGGUGCUAUUAAAGAGUCCUCCUCCGCCUCCGGGACUGUCGGUGCCUGUUAGUAAACCCCCUCCAGGUUUUGCUGUUAUUCCAUCCACCAAUAUCUCUGAACCUGUCACUACAUCUUUGAAAGAGCCAAAAUCCUCUCACGGAUCAUACUUGAUUCCUGAAAACUUUCAGCAAAGGAACAUUCAGCUAAUACAAUCCAUUAAAGAAUAUCUUCAAAGCGAUGAGUCCAAGUUCAAUAAAUUUAAAACUCAUUCUGGGCAAUUCAGACAGGGUCUGAUUUCUGCUGCACAGUAUUACAAAAGUUGCCGAGAACUGCUUGGAGAUAACUUCAAGAAAAUUUUUAACGAGUUGUUGGUGUUGUUGCCGGACACAGUUAAGCAACAAGAACUGCUUUCUGCUCACAACGAUUUCAGAAUCAAAGAAAAACAAAGCUCAAACAAAUCCAAAAAGAACAAAAAGAACGUUUGGCAGACGGACUCCAACUCUGAUCUCGACUGCUAUAUCUGCCCGACGUGUAAGCAAGUACUGACUCAGCAGGACGUUGUCACCCAUAAAGCUUUGCAUAUUGAGGAUGAGGAGUUCCCUUCCUUACAAGCAAUCAGCAGAAUCAUCAGUUAGCUUUCCUGAAGACCAAUAAAAGAGUCUCUGUCUAUGAAUAUGCACUUUUUGGAAUGAGGUUUGGCAGUGUGGUGUGGCUGAGAGCCGGUGCCAGUUGAGUAGUCGGGUAACCGUUAGAGAGCCCUCUCCGUGCUGUUCAUAAAUACUGUGCAAAGGGAUCACUGGACUGCGCCGUAGCUAAUUAACAUCCAAAGUCUGAGCUUCCGAAAUGCCUGAGUAGAAUUAGGCUGAAGUGGCAGGGUGGGCAGGCAGGGGGCCACCUUUCUCCUGUAACAUGCAAUAGCUGAGAAAAUACUUUCUGAUCUGAAAACUGACGGGGACACAAUAGGGGAAUAAGCAUCUGCUUUGGGUUCUUUCUUUCUUUUUUCAGGGGGUGGGGGAAGAUUAAGAAUCACUGAAAUGAAAGGAAGCACAAAUGGCUUCCCUUAUAAUAUUCUGAUUAUUUUAUAUUUUUUUUUGUGCUAUUUCUGUGACCACGAAGAUCACAGUAGUCAGGGGUACAAAGGUGCAGGACAGGAAAAGAUGCUACUCACUGGUGAGUAAGACCGUUACAGCUGCGCGUCUGUAAACGUUGGGCUGCUCACACAGCAAAGAAAAUUCCUGUCUGAAAACGGAAUUAAUUCUACUACUUGAAGAAUUGGACUGAUCUGUGCGAUGAGUUGAACGUGAGAUUUGAAGUUGCCUCUGACCUUUUAUGUAACGUGCUCUUUAAAGAAACUUAUUUUGUAGCACUGCAUGUAGAAUAAUAACAGUAAGGCUUUACUUUCUGUAAAGCACACUUCACAGUAAUUUUAUUUAAUGACUGCCAUGUUUCUAAUUUCUUGGAUGUAUUAAUGGUGGUAGCUCCAGACAGCAUCAUCUUGGGACAUUAAAUGCUGCUGAUCAUUGACCGUGUUUAUCUGCAGUGCCUUGAAGUGCAUUUAUCUGUUUACAGUGGUCUGCGCUAACAAGGAUGAUUUGUUCAGACUGUACGGAGUGUUGACAUCCUGUCCCUCCCUUGGUGAUACCGGUCUGAAGUAGCUUUGCUUACGUUGCUCGGCAUCUCUAAAUUCCACCUCUCGGACGCAAGAGGGGAAUCUGUUCCUCGUUUUGACGCGACUCCUCCAGCAGCAGCUGUGACGGGACGGAGUGACAAGAGUCCUCCCUGCAGUGCACUUUCAUGGCUGGAAUUCAGUGUCUGAUUCUCUCCCAUCCUGGCAGACCAGGUUUAGUUAUUUUUAACGUGUGGGAAUAAAGUUGAAAUUAAUUUAUGUAAUUUUUAGUGACAAAAACACUGCUUUUAUAUAAGCAUCAUUUCUAUGAAAUUGAGCUCAGAGUAGUGCUGAAGAGCUAGUGCUGGCUACAGAAAGUUUUCCUUGCCUUACACUUCUUAUUUUCGCUUGCUGUCAGGCUGCAAAGUGCUUUUUGAUUUCUUUUUCCAAAUAAUUAAGACUGGGGUUUUUUUGAAUACCUGAACGUGUUGUGUUCAGCACAGGGGCCAGGCUGCACGCCCUGAAAAAAAUGGGGAUGGGGAGGAUUAUUUGGCUGCAUGGCUGUUUGUAAAAUGCAUGAGUACGUGACAAGUAGUAACGCUUCCGUGUUCCUGCUUCGAGUCAGGUUCCUCCGGAGCAGAGCGGGGUGUAGUUGCCCGUGACACCGCCGUGACACGACCCACGGCAGCAGCGCUUUGGUUUGAUGCCAGCUGCCCCCAAUACUUCCAGUCAGCAACUGAUCUACGCUGCCAGCUCUUUUCCCUGGCUCUUCCUUCGGUUUGUAAAGUUCGGGGGCAAUGAAAUGCGUAUUCUCUGCAGGAGCAUCUUACGUCUUCCCAUGAUUUUCAGUUAAUUUCUUCUGUGUUAGCAGAUACGUAGUUCCCACCGGGCGGGUGCUGCUGUAAGUUUCCUCGAGGCGAUCGAUCUCUCUGGCCUGAUGAUGCAGUUUCUUUGUCCCUUGUGCUCACCUGAUUAAAUAAAGUAUUACCAAAUUUUUUCCA